GACAACCAUGCUGUGGUUCCUGCUGCUGAUCGGGGCGCUCUGCUGGGGUCGGCCGGCCGCCGGCCAGAGAGAUGGCGAAAUCAUCAGUCAGAUUAAAAUGACUAAUCUGGCGCUGGCAGAGAUUAAAGAGUUUCUGAAACAGCAGAUAAAGGAGAUUGUUUUCCUGAAGAACACAGUGAUGGAGUGUGAAGCCUGUGGAAUGGGAGGGAUGCAGCCCCGGCCGUCCUGUGUGCCCAACCCGUGCCACCCAGGAGUGGAGUGCAUGGAGACCCCCGAGGGGAUCAAGUGUGGAGCCUGCCCAGAGGGCAUGGAGGGCAACGGAACCCACUGUACCGACAUCGAUGAGUGCACAGUGAAACCAUGUCACAUGGGGGUUCGCUGCAUCAAUACUGCGCCUGGUUUCCGAUGUGGCUCUUGCCCCGCGGGCUAUUCCGGUCCUCAAGUCCAAGGCGUCGGUAUCGCCUACGCAAGAGCCAACAAACAGGUCUGCAAGGACAUCAACGAGUGUGAGGGUCCCAACAACGGGGGCUGUGUGGAAAACUCAGUGUGUAUGAACACCCCAGGUUCCUUCAGGUGCGGCCCUUGUAAGACAGGGUACAUCGGUGAUCAACGACAAGGCUGUAAGCCUGAAAGAGCGUGUGGAAAUGGACAGCCGAACCCCUGCCACGCCAGUGCAGAGUGCAUCGUCCAUCGAGAGGGGAAGAUUGAAUGCCAGUGUGGAGUCGGAUGGGCCGGAAACGGCUACAUGUGUGGGCCAGACAUCGACAUUGACGGGUUCCCUGAUGAGAAACUGGACUGUCCGGAGAGGAACUGCGCCAAAGAUAACUGUCUCACUGUUCCCAACUCUGGUCAAGAAGACGCAGACGGGGACGCGAUCGGAGACGCCUGCGACGAUGACGCGGACGGUGACGGGAUCCUUAACACACAGGACAACUGCGUUCUGGUGCCCAAUGUGGACCAACGCAACGUCGAUGAGGACGAUUUUGGGGACGCCUGCGACAACUGCCGUGCCAUCAAGAACAAUGACCAGAAGGACACUGAUGUUGACAAAUUUGGUGACGAGUGCGACGAAGAUAUCGACGGAGACGGGAUCCUGAACCAUCUGGACAACUGCAAGAGGGUUCCCAACGCUGACCAGAUCGAUCGUGACGGAGACAAAGUGGGAGACGCUUGCGACAGUUGCCCUUAUGUUCCGAACCCUGAGCAGACAGACGCAGACAACGACUUGAUCGGUGAUCCAUGCGACACCAACAAGGACAGUGACGGCGACGGCCACCAAGACUCCAGAGACAACUGCCCCGCCGUCAUCAACAGCUCACAGCUGGACACGGACAAGGACGGGAAGGGAGACGAGUGUGACGACGACGACGACAACGAUGGGAUACCCGACCUGCUGCCCCCUGGUCCGGACAACUGUCGCCUGAUCCCCAACCCUCUUCAGGAGGACUCAGAUGGUAACGGUGUUGGAAACGUGUGCGAGAAGGACUUCGACAACGACACAAUCAUUGAUACCAUCGACGUCUGUCCUGAGAAUGCUGAGGUGACUCUGACUGACUUCAGGGAGUACCAGACCGUGGUGUUGGAUCCAGAGGGCGAUGCACAGAUCGACCCCAACUGGGUGGUGCUGAACCAGGGAAGAGAGAUCGUCCAGACCAUGAACAGUGAUCCGGGGUUGGCAGUUGGUUACACAGCGUUCAGCGGCGUGGACUUUGAGGGGACGUUUCAUGUGAACACUGUAACGGACGACGACUACGCAGGAUUUAUCUUUGGCUACCAGGACAGCUCCAGUUUCUACGUGGUGAUGUGGAAGCAGGUGGAGCAGAUCUACUGGCAGGCCAAUCCCUUCAGAGCUGUGGCCGAGCCUGGAAUACAGCUCAAGGCUGUCAAAUCUAACACGGGUCCAGGUGAGAAUCUGCGAAACGCGCUGUGGCACACCGGCGACACCAACGACCAGGUCAAGCUGCUGUGGAAAGACGCUCGUAACGUUGGCUGGAAGGACAAGACGUCGUACCGCUGGUUCCUGCAGCACCGACCUGCAGAUGGCUACAUCAGGGUUCGCUUCUACGAGGGAACUCAGAUGGUUGCCGACACUGGGGUGGUCAUAGACGGCACUAUGAGGGGUGGACGCCUCGGCGUCUUCUGCUUCUCCCAGGAGAAUAUCAUUUGGGCUAACUUGCGCUACCGCUGCAACGGUGAGUGCCGAGCUCAUCGACGUCUCAGGUUUAUCAACAGUUACAUCUCUCCCUUCGCCCUUCUGCAGACACACUUCCUGAGGACUUCGACACCUACAGGGCCCAGCAGGUUCAGCUGGUGGUGUAACAUCCAUGAGAUUAUUAGUCCUGGAAUAAGAGGAAAGAGCUGGUUUGGUGGUGCGUUCUUAAAUAGUGACGUUAAAGGUGACGAUUUUAAAAUAAAAGCAUUGCUGUUUUUCCAUGUAUUUGCUGCUCUCAGAAGGAUGCCUGGACACAACAAAGCGUUCCAUUUCCCUCUGAAGUUAGAAGUGUAGUUUUGCCGAAAUUGAAAAUGCAACGUUGGAACGCUUCCGUUCACACAAAUAUUCCACUUCAGGCGGCAGAGAUUUUUUCAAGUUAAGAGUUUAGUGAAAACAUUCUCAACAUUUCACAGGCGUGCACAUAUCCAAAAUAAUCUUUUCACUUUAUAUUUGGAAAUACAGUUUACAAAAAUAUCAGCAAAAACGAUGUACAACAUAGAACAUCAUGCAUGUUCACGCUCAGGUCCGAAAUCAAGAGAAACUUUGCUCUUCCACAUUCAAUUUAAUUGAAUUGUUUUUUUGUUGUUGUCGUUUUUUUAUGUUCAUCUGAUAAACAAAUGGUCACAAAAGUAGAAUCACAUGGCAACAAAGAAAUAGCUACAGAUCUUUUUACUACGUCUCACAGGACAACAGUGAUAUUAUGCUAGUUCCUACGAUAAGCGUCAACGUAAACUGUGUUUCCCAAACCUUUCAUGUGCUCACUCAUCCAGAAAGAAUUGUUAAAGGGAGGCAGAGCAAUGACAAAACAUUUGAUUCAGAUUCACCUUUGCUCGACAUUUUCUUGUGUGGAAAAAAAAAUGAAAUAAACAGAUUUUGUUUUGGGAUCUCUUACAUUUUGAUGCUUCCGCGUUCUACAAGUCACAUAA